GUUAUAUUGUGCUCAGAGCACAUCUCAUACGCACAUCAGAAACAACUUACUCAUGCACUCAUUAAUAAUCUAAAGUACAUGAGAAUCGAAGGAUAUGUCUCUGAAAGGGAACAACAGUGGGAUAUCCAACGGACUUAAGACUCUGGCUGUUUCAGAUGGAGAACUGAAUGUUUUGGACACAGAUGAUCGCUCAGUAUCACAGUACUCCAGCAGUAACACCAGUCUGCCCACUGUGCCCAGUGAAGGGAGUAGAGGGGUCGGUCAGGUGGCCAGCUGGGCCGUUAGCUUCGAGAGGCUCCUGGAGGACCCAACGGGAGUACGCUACUUCACAGGAUUUCUGAAAUCUGAGGUCAGUGCUGAGAACAUCUUGUUCUGGCUGGCAUGUGAAAAGUUUCGCAAGAUACCUGUCCAUCAAACUGAGCAGCUUAAGAAAGAGGCAUCCUCUAUUUAUAACACUUUCCUGUCCAGCAAUGCAACGUCUCCCAUCAAUAUAGAUGACAGGGUACGAGUCGAGGAGAAAGAUGUACAAAAUCCUCAUCCUGACAUCUUUCAAAAAGCACAACAACAGAUCUUCAAACUGAUGAAGUUUGACAGCUAUACUCGUUUUGUGCGCUCACAGCUCUAUCAGAGCUGCAUGCUAGCGAACGUAGAGGGCAGGCCUCUGCCGGGGCUGGACUCUCGCGGCAGACCCAUCACAGCAACAAAACCCACCAGCAGCAAUUCUCCCAAAGAGCAAGUCAAAUUUGAUAGAACUAAAGAGAGGUUAAAGAUGAAGCCUGGAACAGCAGAUGGUGAUGAUGUGGUAGAGAGGAGGAAAGUCAAUCUGCAAGGCAUGAUGGGAAAGGACAAGCGCAAAGAGAAGAGAGGGUCUUGGGGAGAAUCACCUAUCAGCUUCAAAACUGGACUUGUGAAGAGUUUGGAGGUUGAGAAAUUAGUUGCACGUUCUGCAGACGGAAGGGUAGAUAAGUACUGCUGCGUCUUCCUGCCUGAUGGUACAGCUUCUCUGACCCCAGCCCGACCUGGCAUCACAAUCCGCAACAUGCUCACCGGACUGUGUGAAAAAAGAGGCCUUCCUCUGUCAGACAUCAUUAUUUAUCUACAUGGCAAAGAUAAACAACCACUGUCACUGGACCAGGACAGCUCUGUGCUGAAGGACCAGCAGGUGUUUUUAGAACUGAGGGUCACGUUUGCGGUGAAGGUAGCCUUCACAGGAAAGACGGUGGCCGUUGUGGUAAAGUCCAAUAAGACGCUGCAGGACGCCCUUGCGACAAUGCUUCAUAAACAUCGCCUGAGGUCACAGGAUGCCAUUGUCAGCAUGAGUGGAACCGGACAGAUAAUACAUAUGAACACAGUAGUCACCUCUCUGGCCAAUAAGACACUAAUUCUAGAUAAAGCAGGUGUUGAUCAGGCCAGCAGCCCCAAAGGGAACUUCUCACCUCCUUCAUUUCAAGAUCGGAGAGGUGCUGUGGACGCAAACAUGUUCCCUCCAGGGAUUUCCAGAUCAGCUGCCCGGCAGAAGAACCCUGGAUUGAGGAGGACCUAUGACAUGGAGGGUUUGGUGGAGUUGUUAAACCGAGCUCAGUGCUGCAGUGCAGACGAUCAGCGAGGCCUCCUGAAGAAAGAACAUCUAAUGCUGCCUCAGUUUCUCCAGUUACCCCUGGAAGAAGUGGAGGAAACUGAGACAAGCAGAUCACUGGAGGUGUCCUGCUGCAGUAUGGGGUCUCUCGAAGUGGACUCUCCUGCAGAACAAUCAGACACUUUAGGGAAGGAACAAUCAGAGAAUGAAUGCUCAAACCCAGCUCGAGAAACUGUGGUGUGAGCUGAACAGACCUGUUACAUCUUUUGCUUCAAUGAUCUGUCACAAUGGAGCAUGAAGAACAGAGAAGAAUGAUGUUUCAGCAAUGUAAAAAUUGCUUCUGUAAUGUUGGACAAUAGUCAUUAGGAUUUUUUUAUAAAUGCAAAAUGGAAUAUUGUUUACAGUAGAUGUAAUUCUGCACAUGUUAUAUAUCCAGCUGCUUGUAUUUAUUUUAAAAUGUUUCAAAAAAGAAAAAUGCAUUCUGUGUUCAUGAAGACAUUGCACACUUGGCAACAUUAGCUAAUGCAUUAGUUAUCAGGAAGGAACAGGUUUCAAGAAUUUAUUAGGCUGGAUUCAUUUUAAUUUAUAAAUGUAUGAAUGUGCAUUUAAUAUUAAAAACAUAUUAGUGUAUGUAAAAAUUGACAUUAAUAUUUUAGGUCUUUAUUGACUUUAUUAACAGUUUCCUUAAUGUAACAUUUCUAGGCAAAACAGGAUAUUUAAAUUUUUGUGAAUGUGAUAUUUUUUUCCUUGAGUGGAUCAUGAAAAGUAAUGUUCCAUACUGUGGCUUCAUAUCACAAUGACUGGAGUUAUGGAAGCUCAAGUUCACCCUUAAGUGCAUCUAAUGUACCACUGAUUCUGUAAUUAGGACCAAGCCCUGAGGGUGAUGUAAGUUUCUGUGAGAUGUCUUAUUAUUCCUCUUAAAUUUGAGUCAAUGGCAGCCCUAUGAAAGCCAAAUAGGACAAUUAUGAAAAAUGGCACAAUUAUAGUGAUUGUAAUGAAGAGUAAUAUGACCAACUUUGGGGUCUCUAGGACCUACUACUUAAAAAAUGAAAAGUUAUAACUUUUGAAGCCUUUAUUCUAGAAGUUUUUAGUACACCUAAUUUCUCUCCUCAAGGUGAUGCAAUUCAUUAUUAUAAACCAUCUUAAAAUGUACUAUAUUCCAUUUUUUCACACUUCUUUCAAAUUUAAACCAAUUUGAGACUCAACACUAAACAACAUGUUGAUACUACCUUUGUUCCAAUGGGUCAUGGGGCUGGUGGGGGCAAAAACUUUUGAAAUGUUUGUCAGAAAAUCCUGAGCUUUGGCGGUAUUGAUUGACAACUUGUCCUGAAUACCUGAGACUUUGUACAAAAUGUAAUUUGUGAAAUAUUUCUUGAUUUAUGCUGGUCCACUACUUUUAGGCAUGCGGUAUGAAUUAAUUUAUUUUUUCGCUUCUUCUACAAAUCCUUUACACUUUUGUUUAAAAUCAGUUCCUUUUUGGUGCAGCUUCAGAUAGUUCUGGCAGUCCUGUUAUACAAAAGCAUAUGCAUUUUUUGUGCCUUUAAGAUGCACACUGCAGUCCCUUGAAUUGCUUCCUGUGACAUUUGACAUGCUUGUUUUGCUUGCUCUACAUGCAGUGCUUACCGUAAUUUCCAUUGCUUGCUGUAUUUGUUGUGUUUGCUGUGCUUUCAUUGCUUGUGCCUGCUAUUUUCUAGCCCCUUUAUUUAGUCAAACCUGUUCCUGGUGGUUUGCGUACGUCCACUAUAACACAUGAGCCUAAAUUAAAAACUAUAAUUUUUUUAAUUUCAUGCUGAUUUUAAUGGCUUAAAAGAUUGAUAAUGUCUGGGUUUCUGCGAGAAGAUUUCAAGGUUUGUUGGGUUUCGCUCACUCAUGGUGUGUGUUCUGAAGACAUGCAACUGCCCCGGGGUGAAUAGAGAGAGAAUGACAGAAAUGGAAGGAGGUAAAAUAGAGGCAGGGAGAAAGAAAGAGCUAAUGCAUGGAGUGUGCUGCGCUAGUAAACUUGAUGCUGAUGGUUCCCUAGGCUUUAAUAACACACACACACACACACACACACACACACACACACACACACACACAUUUUCCCCUAGUGCACCUUGUCCUCAGGAAAGUCUUCAUCGGGAACAUUAUUUUUAUGGUCUCUGAAUGGAUAUCGUGUAGUGAAGUAAUCAGACUCAAUCAGAUGACCAGCCCCCAAGCAAAGGCACAGAUAGGAGGAAAGAAAAAGUGAGAGAGAGAAUGAGAAAAGAGAAGGGAUGGGAAGCCAGAGAGAGAAAGAAGACUGAAGGGAGGGAGGCGAAUCUGCGAGCAGAACAGUGCUGCACAACUGCGUGUCUGUCCUCAAUGAGUGUACACUGAAAUAACAACAGGUUUCUUGAAGAUAACCAAUAGCGUUGACUGCAUUAUAUCUAGAGACACAGCUGAUUUCCCUCCUAAAGUCGAGACAUGGAAAGGACAGAGAACAAAGUGUCCACCAUCUCCCCGCAAAAACAGACAGUAAAAAAUAGAUCCAAGUCUACAGAGGAGGUACAGCAAGCCAAGAAGGCCUUUCAUACACCACAAAAAUCUCUUCCGGCUAAACCAGAAACCGAACAACUAGAGGAGACCUCAGAACUGAGUGCCUCAACAGAGGAGUUCAAAUGAUUGCUGGAUUCAAACUUCGGGGCUUUGAGAUUUAGACAGAUCAACUGGAAUUAUGGGUAAUAACAAAAGGAUGAUUCAGUGUCUCUGUUUUACUUUAGUUAGCAUAGAAAAAAACAAUAAUCACGUGUCGCUUCUUGAAUUUGUACGAGUCUGAAAAUGUUGGUGAAAUAAAUGCACAACUGGAUAUCACA